AUGCCUUCCUCAACACCUGUAUACAUUGUUUCAGCGGCACGUACUCCUAUCGGUUCUUUCCAAGGUGGAUUAUCCUCCUUGCUGUAUGCUGAUUUGGGUGCACAUGCUGUCAAAGCAGCUUUAGAUAAAGUUCCCCAAAUCAAGCCAGAACAAGUUGACGAGAUUGUUUUUGGAGGUGUCUUGCAAGCCAACGUUGGUCAAGCACCAGCAAGACAAGUUGCCUUGAAAGCAGGCUUGAGUAAUAGUGUUGUUGCCUCUACAAUCAACAAAGUGUGUGCCUCCGGUAUGAAGGCCACCAUUAUCGGUGCUCAAAACAUUAUUUGCGGUACCAGUGACAUUGUUGUUGUUGGUGGUGCGGAGUCCAUGUCCAACACUCCCUACUACUUGCCAUCUGGAAGAAGCGGUGCUAGAUACGGUGAUGCAUCCAUCGUUGAUGGAAUCCAAAAGGACGGUUUGUUGGAUGUCUACAGCAGCAAAUUGAUGGGUGUUGCUGCUGAGAAAUGUGCCGCUGACCAAAACAUCUCUAGAGAACAACAAGAUGAUUUCGCCAUUAGUUCCUACAAGAAAGCCCAAGCUGCAGCCGCAGACGGUAAAUUCGAUAAUGAAAUUGCACCAAUCACAAUCAAAGGUGUAAGAGGUAAACCUGAUGUCACUAUCAGUCAAGAUGAAGAGGUGAAGAAUUUGAAUGAAGAAAAACUUAGAUCCGCUAGAACCGUGUUCCAAAAGGAAAAUGGUACAGUUACUGCUCCAAAUGCAAGUAAAUUGAACGAUGGUGGUGCUGCAUUGAUUUUGGUAUCAGAGGCUAAAUUGAAAGAGUUGGGUUUGAAACCUUUGGCCAAGAUUAUUGGCUGGGGUGAAGCUGCAAGAGACCCAAUUGAUUUCACAAUUGCCCCUGCCUUGGCAGUGCCAAAGGCAUUGAAACACGCAAAUGUUCCACAAGAUAAGGUUGACUAUUUUGAGUUCAACGAAGCUUUCUCCGUUGUCGGUGUCGCCAACACCAAGCUUUGUAACAUUCCAUUGGACAUUGUCAAUGCUUAUGGUGGUGCUGUAGCUAUGGGUCACCCAUUGGGUUGUUCUGGUGCUAGAAUUAUUGUCACCUUGUUGUCUGUGUUGUCACAAGAGGGCGGAAAGAUUGGUUGUGCUGGUAUUUGUAAUGGUGGUGGUGGUGCAUCUGCUAUCGUCAUUGAAAAAAUCGACCCUGAAACAAAAUUAUAA